AACCCUUGAAAUAUGGUUUCGUCCUGCUUUAUAUAUAAAGCCACAUGGCUGAAUGAUACAAUGUGUUGAAAAAACCUCUUACAAAGCCGAUCAAAAUAAAAACCGAUAAACAAAGAAAGCAACGGAAAACAAUGAGCAAGUGAUGCACUAUUGGACGCCACCAUCCGGGAGGAUGAGCACUGGAGGGGCUGAACCACACACAAAAAAAAAAGCACCACGGAAGCCAACCAAGAAUGAACUCGCGUCUCGUAGAGGAACCACCGGACUUCGCCGCACUGCCCACACCAAACUGUUACCGAAGAGGCUCUCCGCCCUCUUGCUCCAUGACGUGGAGCGUCGACCAUGUCAGCGAGCAGAAAGAUCCCAAAAUACUGGCGAUGAGACUGCCACACACGAAGAUGCUUCAAACAAUGAUCCAAGCCUCCCAAAGACGUCGCCGUGCCGUAACCGGAAGGAACCUGAGCUCCCCGACAACGUCCCCAAGAGGGUGACCACACAACACGUCACUGCUGUUGCCGAAUCCAGAGGAGAAAAGAACGGAGCCCACGGUAGCGCCAUGGUACAGCAAGGAGCUCAGGGGCAAACAGCCACACACCCACUAGUUCACGCAAGGAUGAAGCCGGGUUGUUCUCGGCUUCUUUUUAUCUGCCUUUCGGCGACAUGGGUGCUGGCCACGGCCGAUGUACGGGCAGGCCAGCGUCCUGGCUGCCCGGCGAAGUGCGGCGACGUCGCAAUCCCAUUCCCGUUCGGCAUCGGUGAGCACUGUGCGUUGCACAACGGCUUUAACCUUGGCUGCACGAGCAUCAACAGCACCACGAAGCCUCGUACGGGUCCAUUCGAGGUGACCGAUAUCUCCGUCCCCGACAACAAGAUCCGGAUAAAAAUGGGCUUCUCCUGGCAGUGCUACUCCCCAGCUACUCGCAGUAUGAAUUACUUUGAUGCAUGGUUGAGCUUCACCAAUACACCAUUCUCGAUAUCGGAAGUGGAUAACAAAAUUACCGUCAUCGGAUGCAAUGCUCUCGCUUAUAUGAGGAGCUCUUCUUACGUAAUAGGUUGCUAUUCCACAUGCAAGAAUUUCACCCUCGAGAAUGGCAAAUGCUCUGGCGCUGGCUGUUGUCAAGCCGAUGUCCCAAAGGGCAUACAGUAUUAUCGUGGCUAUUUCAACGAAAACUACAACACUACUCAAAUAUGGCAAGCCAAUCCUUGCAAUUACAUGGCACUGAUGGAUAAGGCAGCUUUCAGUUUCAACACCAGCUAUGUCAAAUCCAAAGUGUUCUAUGAGACAUACAAGGGGGGAGUCCCUCUUGUCGCGAACUGGGUAAUAAGACCGUGGACUUGCAAGGCAGCUAAAAAGAACAUGAGUACCUAUGCGUGCCUCAGCAGCCAUAGUGCGUGUGUUGAUUCCACCACCAACGAUCCAGGUUACCAUUGCAAGUGCUCCAAUGGGUACAAAGGCAACCCUUACAUCACAGCUGGAUGCCAAGAUAUUGACGAGUGCCGUGAAAAAUCUAAUCCUUGCGGCCCAGGGAUCUGCAAGAAUACGCAGGGGAAAUACAGUUGCUCAUGCCACCCUGGGAACUAUAUGGCAAAUGGUGUCUGCGUACCAAUUCCAAAGUCUCCCCAUUUUCCUGCGGUGCCAGUCGUAGGUGCAAGUGUUGGGCUCGUCAUCAUUGUGAUUGUUAUUGCCUUUGCAUGCUUCAUCCAAGAGAGACGGAAGCUACAGAACAUGAAACAGAACUACUUCCGGCAGCAUGGUGGCCUCAUACUAUUUGAAGAGAUGAAGUCGAAGCAAGGCCUUACAUUCAAAAUCUUCUCAGAGGAAGAACUGCAACAAGCCACGAACAAGUUCAGUGAACAACAAGUCUUAGGUCAUGGGGGGCAUGGGACUGUGUAUAAGGGACUUUUCAACCGCAACGUGGAGGUGGCGGUCAAGAGAUGCAUGACCAUCAACGAGCAACACAAGAAGGAGUUCGGUAAGGAGAUGCUAAUCCUAUCCCAAAUCAACCACAAAAACAUUGUGAAACUUCUGGGAUGCUGCCUCGAAGUGGAAGUCCCCAUGUUGGUUUAUGAGUUCGUCCCAAACGGCACUCUUUACCAUCUCAUCCACGGCAACCAUGGCCGACGUAUCCCCUUAGCCACUCGCUUGGGGAUCGCUCAUGAGUCCGCGGACGCGCUCUCCUACCUUCACUCAUCCACUUCGACACCAAUCCUUCAUGGUGAUGUCAAGUCCUCCAAUAUCCUCCUUGAUGGCGACUACAAGGCUAAAGUCUCCGACUUCGGUGCCUCUAUCCUGGCACCAACCGAUGAGUCACAAUUUGUCACACUUGUACAAGGGACGUGCGGGUACCUUGACCCGGAGUACAUGCAAACAUGCCAGUUGACAGACAAGAGUGACGUGUACAGCUUUGGUGUCGUUCUUCUGGAGCUGCUCACGGGGAAGAAGCCCUUUAGUCUUGAUGCCUCUGACCAAGAGAAGAGCCUAUCAAUGAUGUUUAUGUCUGCAGUGAAGGAGAAUAAGCUUCAGGAGAUCUUGGAUGAUGGGAUCAAGCAAGACAACAUGGAGGUUCUUGAAGAGAUCGCGGAGCUAGCGAAGCAAUGCUUGGAGAUGUGUGGUACGAAUAGGCCAUCAAUGAAGGAAGUUGCGGAGAAGCUUGAUAGGUUGAGGAAGGUGAUGCAACAUCCCUGGGUGCAACUGCAGCAAGACCCUGAAGAGAAUGAAAGUUUACUUGGGCAGCGAUCGGCAAUGGUCAACUCAACGGUUGUUAGUGCUGAAUAUUUUAGCAUCGAGAAGGAAGCAGUGACGAGUCUGGGAUCUGGCCGAUGAGUAAUCGUACCUUAGACCUGUCCUGGUGCAAGUAUCAUAAAGGGUAUCAAUGCAGUGCCACCUAAGGAAAACGAUGAUGCGGCAUUGCAAUUAAGAAUGUGAGAGAAGAUUGUAGCAUCAUAUUGUGGAACAGUAUAACACAUUAAACGAGAAAAAUUUAUAAGAAAUAGAUCAUAUCCACAACUUUAUGUUUGGAAUUGGAUUCUACAAAUGGAUAAAUGAAAUGAUAAUAUGAUGCUAUGCAGUGUGAAUACAGUAAUUAAAGUAGUAUCAUGCACUGUGAUAUAUAUUAUGCAGUGCGAGUGACCUUAUUGUAAUAUAAUCAAUCAGUUUGUCUAUCUUUAUUGUCUGUUUCUCAUAAACUGUCGAUCGUAAUAUCAUCGUAUAUUAUCAUGGAGACGGAUGGUAAAUGUUUGACUUACCUUUUAAAUUCAAUGUAAAGGAACUAAAUAUUUUUGCAUUACGAGUACCGAGUUUUUAUCAAGAUAGGUCAAAUAUUGUUAUCAAUGCAA